CACGCCCUUUUUUUGGGGAGCAAGCAAGUAAGCCAUACCUAACCAAUGUAAACACUAUGUUGAAAGUAGUAUUUUCCUUGCACGUCUUUACCUUCUAGGUGGCCAGUGACCACAGAUAUCCAGUUCCAAUUCCCAUUUCCUUCGUUCAUCCCAAAAAAAAAAAGUUUCCUUUCCCGUUGAAUGUCUCUGCUUCACAUAUUGACUCUGCCCUGAAUUUCACUCCUCUCGACCCAAAAAAAAAAAAAAACAAAAAGGUUUCAUUUAGAGUGGAGAUUUGCUGCUGCGCCUCUUUGUUGUCUCCUUGGCACCUCUUUUUACCAAUAUCAUUGAACAGACACCUUGUAGUCAUUCGUCAAGCCAGGGACUUGACAAUGGAAAUGUUAGGCUCAAUUCUUGAACUUGGAAAAAUGAUAACGGUUCCUAUUAGGGAAUUUUACAAUCAUAAUAGAGAAUUUGAUGAAAAUCUGAAGAAUCUCAAGAGGAAACGGAAAGAAUUAGAAUGUGGGAGGUUGGACAUAGAAUCAAGAUUGGGGGCAGAACUUUUUCCAGGAAAGAGACCAAAGCAAGUUGUUCAACUUUGGCUCCAAAAUGUAGAAACAAUUGAUGAGGAAAUGGAAGCAAUUGAACAAGAAGCUAGCACAAGGAAGUAUUUUCGUGUGCACAUAGGAAAACUUGCUUGCAAGAAGAUACAAGAAGUGGAGGAAUUGAUUGAUCAAAGAGGCAGGUUUGUUGAUAGUUUGGUAGUUGAUCCACCUGUAAGCCGUGGAGCUGUAUUGCCAACUACAACAUUAGUGGGAGAGAGUACAGCCAAAAGAACAAUGGAAAAGAUUUGGGAACACUUAUUAGGUGAAGAUAUUAGAAAGAUCGGUGUUUAUGGUAUGGGAGGAAUUGGUAAAACGACUGUCAUGAAACAAAUCAAUAAUUUUCUGUUAAAAGAAACGGACAAGUUCAAUUACAUCAUUUGGGUUACCGUGUCAAAGGCAUUCAAUGUUAUCAACCUACAAAAUGAAAUUGCAUGCAAGUUGAAUUUAGAUCUUUCAAAGUUCGAGGAUGAAACAACAAGGGCAGGAGAGUUAAAAUUAGAAUUGGAAAAUAGGGAUAGGUAUGUCUUAAUCCUAGAUGAUAUGUGGGAAGCAUUUCGUCUUGAAGAUGUAGGGAUCCCAGAACCUACUUCAGCAAAUGGAUGCAAAUUAGUGUUGACAACUCGAGAUGUUGAAGUUUGUAACAAAAUGAGUUGUGAGAAAAUUAAAAUGGAGCUUCUUUCAAAAGAAGAGUCAUGGAAUUUGUUUUUGGAUACAGUGGGUCGUGAUAUUUUAAAUACUCCCAAUUUUGAAGCAAUUGUGAAAGAGGUUGUUAAAGAAUGUAACGAUUUGCCUCUUGCAAUCAUUACGAUAGCAGGAAGUUUAAAAAAUGUUGUUCAUGCUUCAGAGUGGAGGAAUGCAUUGGAAGAGUUGAGGACAUCAAUAAAGGGGCCUAAUAAUAUAGAUAGUGCAAUAUUUGAGAGGCUUCGAUUUAGUUAUAAACGCUUAAAAGAUGAGAAACUUCAACAUUGUCUUUUGUAUUGUGCACUAUACCCAGAAGACUACAAGAUUGAUAGAUACGAGUUGAUACAACAUUUGAUUGAUGAGGGAGUAAUACCAAGAAUGAAGAGCAGGCAAGUAGAGAUUGAUAAGGGUCAUACCAUGUUGAAUAAACUUAUAAAUGCUUGCCUGUUAGAAGGUGGGUCCUACAAUAUCUUUUCUAAUAAUGUGUAUUUUGUGAAGAUGCAUGAUCUAAUAAGAGACAUGGCCCUCCAGAUUGCUGGUCCUAAGUUCAUUGUCGAAGCUCGGAAGGGAUUACAAGAUUUUCCAGAUGAAGAAAAAUGGGGAAAAGAUCUUGUAAAGGUUUCUUUGAUGGACAACUAUAUAUCAAAAGUUCCUUAUAUAUCACAAAGGUGUCCUAAACUUUCAACCUUGCUGCUACAAAAUAAUUUCUUUUUGAGAAGUAUCCCAGAUUCUUUUUUUGUGCAUUUUCAUGAACUUAAUGUUCUUGAUUUAUCUGAAACUAGCAUUGUGUCUUUGCCGAAUUCAGUUUCUGAUUUGGAGAAUCUUGCUGCAUUAAGGCUUAAGUGGUGUAAAAAUUUAAAGCACGUGCCUUCAUUAGCAAAACUUACAGCAUUAAGGAGGUUGGAUCUUACAGGAUCAGGAAUUGAAGAAAUACCUCAUGGUUUGGAAAUGUUGGUCAAUUUGAGAUUUCUUUGUCUUGAUGAUGCACGCUAUCUAAAGAAGUUUCCACCAGGGAUUUUACCCAAAAUGUCUCAACUCCAGUACCUCAAAUUUGAUUGGUUCUCAAAAACUUUAAAAGUGAAUGGAGAGGAGGUUGUAAGCUUGAAGAAAUUAGAGCAUUUUGAAGGCCAAUUUUAUGGCGUAAAUGACUUCAAUACAUAUGUAAGAUCCUUGGAGGGGGGAGGACCAAGCCAUUAUGCAUUGUUCGUGGGAGAAGUAAGGACAGGUGACCUUUUUGGAAAAUGGAUGGUCGAGGGAAAAACUGUAAUCUUAAACGAUUGCAAUAUAAGUCUGCUCCCGACAGACAUUCAAACUCUAAGAAUUAAUAAAUGUCACAAUUUAAGAAGUUCAUGCAAUGCUCCAUCUUUGAAAUACGCAAGAGAACUGAAGUCUAUUUAUAUUUGGGAAUGUGAAGAAAUAAAUGACAUUCUUUCUUAUUCUUACAUCUUUCCUCUUCAGAGCCUCGAGGUUGUAGAACUUCAACAUUUGAAUAACUUACAAGUACUGUUUAAGGAAGAGAGAGUUGUAUCAAUACCGGCUGUCCAACCCGGGACCUUUUCCCGUCUCAAAAUAUUUACAUUAUCUGAAUGUCCAAAUAUAAAGAAGCUCUUCACGUCUGCGCUGCUGCUAAACCUUGGCAACUUGGAAGAGAUUAGUGUUGCAUGCUGUGAGCAGUUAGAGGAAAUAGUUGCUGCAGCAUCUGAUGGAGUUGAAGAAAAAGCAAAAGAAAUAGAGGAAGGAGUGGACAUAUCCAUAUUCCCCCGAUUGAGGAAAUUGUUAUUAUGGUUUCUACCAGAACUGAAGACCAUCUGCAGUAGCAAUAAUGUAAUAGCUGGUGAUUAUCUGGAAGAAAUUUCGAUAAAAAAGUGUCCGAAGCUUAAGAGAUUACCUCUUUCAAUGCGCCUUAUUAAUGGACAGCUAUCUCCUCUCCCUUCUUUAAGAUACAUUGAAACAGAGGAAGAAUGGUGGGAAUUGCUGGAAUGGGACCAUCGUGAUAUGAAGAAUGUCCUUAAACCCUUCUGUCAACCGUCAGUUAUGUUAAAGAAUAUCCAAAUGGAGAUUAGUUCUGAAAGCUGCUGUCGAUUUUUGCCAGAAAUUUGAGGUGGAUGUGGCAGAAGCACUUGGAAUACAUUGCACUGUUACCACUGCAGUAUAGGAAGGUUUCGAGCCUCUCAGGAAUUCAAACUCUUUAGCCUUAAUGGGAGAUAGCAACUACUCUGCAGGAUAUUUCGGUUUUGAUGAUGUAAUUUUUGAUUGGGUGCCUAGGAAUGCUAAUGAAUCAGAGCCCAUGUUCUAGUUCAGUGGGUGACAAAGAACUCCUUUGUCUUUGUGGAUGUUACAUCUAUCUGAGUGUUUUCCGUUCUGA